AUGGAAGUCAUCGAUCUGAAACUACCCAGCGGAGGUUUUUCCACCAGUGAUGCCUCUGCAGGGAGAUGCCUGGUGGACCAAGCUCAGGGCAAUCUUGGCCCAGGGUUUGGCCAGGCAGACAUGGACCUUGACAUUACCAUGAGCCUUCUGCUGGAGAGACUCCAACAGGAGGAGGAGACAAGAGUAACCAUUUACUCCAGCCUGCAGGAAGUCUUGCAGGGGGACAUAAAGAGCCUGGAUAGGAACCUUGUCAGGAGGAUCAUCCACUUGGCCUCCAAAGACAUGAGGGAGACCCAGCAAGAAAAUGAUGAACUGCAGUUGACUGCAGGAAAAACCCUCGUGGCACUUGCCGGCACCUUUUAUAAUUGGGUGAUGUAUGAGCUGCAGUGUCACAUGGGCAUCAUGGAACUCCCUCCAAUCUUCUUCUUGAUUACACUGGGCGACAUGGUCUCAGCCUAUGCACUGAGGUCUGAGCCCUUCCUUGUGCUAACACUCAGCAAAUUGCGUUUUGUGCUGAGGCUGGUGGAGACCGACCAGAUGAAGCGGGCGCUGUGUGGAGUUGUGGAAGGCUUUGCCCGGGCUGCCAACCUGAAAUUCCACAUCGGGGACGAGAGCCCGUUCCCCAGCUGUCGGGCAGCCGACUACGGUUUCCAUGUGCUCCCUUUCUUUAAUCUCAUGAGCAGCAGCUGGCUGACAAGUGAGGACCUGGAGAGUCUGAGCCAGAUCUUGGAGGUAGCCUAUGAUUUUGAGGUCCCUCUACCAGAUGGGAAACUCAAGAGCAUCUGCUUUGCCCUGCACACCCAGGUGAAGAAGGCCGUCCUUCAUUUCAUCAGGACACUGCUCAGUGUGCAGGGCCUGGAUGACUGGGCCUGGGACUUAGUGGCCUAUAUUUUCAAGCAGUCCAGCUUGUCUGGCAGCCAAAUGAAGUCCAAAAACCGUUCCAGUCAAGAUGCCGAGGAGGAACAGAGCAUCCGAGCCACCUGUGUGGAGAUCCUGGAAAAUCUGGAUGUCUCAAUCAAUGGCAUGAGCCAAGUCUUAUGGCCCCGGCUGCUGGAGUACAUAGUGCCAGCUCAGUACAGCUGCACUCUGACCCCCCUGUGCCGAUGCCUCGGGGACCUGGCUGAGCAACCGCAGUGGGAGGGAGAAGAAGCAGCUUGGAUGGACCCCAGCAAAGGAGGAAAAUUUCCUAAGGCCCAGGGGCUGCUGGCGCGACUGCUGGUGGUUGCCUCGGCCCUGGGUGACGGCAGCCGCGCACAUUCUGCCCUGCGGGGACUGUGGGCUUUGCACCGCACGAUCCACCCUGCUGUUGGAGAGCAGUGGAGGAUCAAGAUUCCCAUCCUGCUCUCGACCAUUGAAGGACAUCCUGAGACCUCCCAGGACAAUGUGUGGUGGGAGCACCUGCUGCUAAAGUUCCUGCACAUGUCACUGAAGACCAUUGAUGACGAUGCCUGGAGCAGUCAGCUGAGCCUGGAGCUGCAGCACCAGACAGCCAGUUAUGCCUGCUCCUCCCUGGAGAAGAGUUUCCUAUAUAAGGCACUUGGUACCACCUUGGCCUCUUGCCAGGAUGUUGCCCAUGUGAAAUCCCAGCUCCAGAAAUCUCUGAAGAGUACAGAUUACAUGAACACUUCUGAGAGAGAGCACGUUGUGACCAUCCUGGCAUUCUCAGCCAAGGGCCACCUGGACCUCACCCUGGGCACACUGGAGGACUUCGGUGCGGCUAUGAGUAAAGUGCAGGUGUCUGGGAUAGUUGGCCGCCUGCAGGAUUAUCACCAAGGGAAAAGAGCCAGGACCCACAGGGCCUUGAUACAGGCCUACAGCCGAAUUGCUGUCCAUGCCCCCCGAACAGAGCUGCUCCCCCGCGUGGAGCAUGACAUCACCAGGAAGGUCCUGCAGUAUUACAUGACCAGCUGCCAGGUGCUUGGCAUCAACAUUGUCAAUAAGGACCCAGACUUAAAGCUGACCUUGAUACAGUCAGUCACUGAGAUCAGCCGUGCCAUCCAGGACGCAGACGACUCCCAGAGCUUCCAGUUCACUUCCAAAGAGGAGCUCCUGGGGUACAUGCUGGACUUCAUGAAAGAGGAACCAAUGGAUUCCUUGGCCUCUCCUGUUCGCCUCAGGGCUAUGCUUGCCAUUAAGCACCUGAGCAAGGUGAAACCCUCACUAAAGCCAGAUGAAAGCAGAAACAUCCUGGAUGACUGCUUAAAAUGCCUGCUGCCUCUUCCAGCUGUUCAACAGCUGAGGGAAGAGGGUGAGACCUCUCAGGACUCUGUCCAAAUACAGGCACUGCACGAGUUGUCCAUGCAGGCCUUGGGCGAGCUCAUGAGGGGCCUCCUUGAAGAAGACCCCACUGAGAAUUGGUUCAUGGAAAUGUUCCAUCUGCUUGAGCCGUGGAUCUUCUCCGACAAGGAGUGGGAGAAAGAUAGGGCCUUGCAAGCCAGCUCCCAGCUGCUUGUUGCCUAUCGGGACACAGUCUAUUGCAGACUACAAGAGCCUUUGGAGCAGUUUGGGUUCCUGCUGGGGCUGCUGGCGCCGUAUACCUGUGCCUCUCUGUCCACAUCCCGCCUGUGGGCCGCCGAAUGCAUUGUCUGCCUUCUGCAGCUACAAGACCAGUCCAGGACAAUGGAGGCAGCAGAGGAGGAGCUGAGAGGUCUCCGGGAGGAGCUCAAAGCUUCCAGCCCUGAGGCUGUGCUUACAUCAUCCUGCCAAAUGGCGAAGGUCAUUGGCAAAUACUUGCCCUCCAUCCAGGCCCUUGAUUUUGUGGGGACAGUAAUGGAUGGCAUGCUUUCUGCCAGCCCCACGUGCGCCACAGCAGCAGGCCGCUGGUUCCAUUCAAUCCUUAGGGAGAAUGGAGAUGCCCUUCUGGAUGAGGUGCCGGACAUCCUGGGCACCAUCUUUAUUCGGAUGCCAACAAUGCAGGAGAGGUCCAUGCGAAGCUUCCUUUUGGAAGGCGUUGGCAUUCUUGCUGUGUUCCACCUAGAGGCAGUGAUCACCAGCCUCCUUGCCAAGCCUCUGCCAAUGGACAGUGACACCUCUGAGCUCUGGAGGGCCUUGGGGAGGGAUGAUUUCUCCACCUGCCAUAUACUCCAGUUGCUUAUGGAGAAGAUCCAGCAUCCAGCCGGCACGGAAGGGAGCUCAUCUGAGGGCACUGCAGCCCUGGGACCUCUCGCAGCAACAUGUGCAUCCCUUGAGAUGCUGACUACAAUCCGCUCCAGCCCAGUCCUGAGGGAGCUACUCCCUGAGCUCCUCUGCGCUCUUCUAGCGCAAGUUGGCCGUACCGUGGGGCAGGACAUGCCGAUGCCCACAGCAAGCAUCCGGCGGAGGCAGCUGCAGAAGGGGCAGGCACGCACAGUGGGCAACCCUUGCAGGCUUUCUAUGGAGACCCUGGCUUGCGCUAUCGCAAAGGGCCUUGGGGAUAAAGUGGCUGCAGAGCUCUGUGAAGCAGGAACCUGGCCAUUACUGGAGAGCCCUCAGACACACCACGAGGGGGUGUGCCAGCUGGCCAGAGCUCUGCUGCUGUUGGAAAUAAUAACACCCCAAUUUAUAGGGGAGGUCCUACAGUGGACCAGUUCCACAACAGAAAAUCUGCGUGUAACUGGUACAGCCUUCAUCAGCCAGCUUGUGUGUGACCCGGUCAUUGAAGACCAGAAGCUCCUUAAGGCAGCCGUUUAUAUACUACAUCAGCGAGCCAGGGACCCAAAUAACCUUGUCCAACAAAUGGCAGCCAGAGGACUAGGCAACAUCAUGUACGGUGCCCCUGAGCAGCUGAAAAAACACCAGAAGGCCGUCGUGGAGACCCUGUUUCAGGCAUCAUUCAUGCCUACCAGGCCUGAGAUUAUGGAGGAGGGCAUGCGGGCACUCACCCGCAUCUUUAAACAUCUAGGGACAGAUGCAGGGCCCCUGGUCCAGGAUGUAGUCAUGCACAUCAGGCCCUUUUUUAACCAUGACAAUGACGGCCUUCGCGCCGUGGCUUUCUCCCUCUUCGGUGCCCUGGCAGGCUGCAUGAGGAAAAGGCAAGCCUUUUAUAAAAGGCAGGUGAGGCAGAGCCUGGGAACACUCCUGCUUCAUCUGGAGGACCCCAACCCGCAGGUGGCCAAGGAGUGCAGAACAACGCUGGGCUUGUGCUGCCCUUACCUGGGCUUAAGGAGGGUCCAGGCCGCCCUGGCCUUUCAUAUCCAGGGGUCAGAGCAGGGGAAGCAGGAACAGCUGCUGCGGGACAUGUGCAGGCAUUUGGCCAAAGAAAAACCUGCUCUUUUGGAGGAUCUCUGCCAGGCAGCUCAGAGACACUAUAUGAGCCCAUGGCCAGAAAUUCGGAUGGCAGCCGUCAAAUUUACAGGCAUCCUUAUGGAGUAUGCUGUCCCCAGGAGUGCCGGACGGAUAAAGGUUGCGCACCUGCUGAGCUCUCUGCAAGCUCUGGAACAGGACACAUCGCAGGAGGUGCAAACUAUGGCCACUCGGGUCUCAGAGACCAUUUUUAAAAGUCUUUGGGGGAGAACGCUGCAGGAAGAGAGAAACCAUGGGCGUACCCUGCCCCAUAUCACUUCUUUACUUUGUUUUGGGUGCCUAAAGCCCCGUUCCAUUUAAAAGGGAGCUCCUAUAUUUGAGUUUGAUAAUAAAUUGUGUUCUGCA